AUGUCUUUCUUUCAAGACCUGAAAGCUAGGGUUCUCCGAACGCCCUCACCCCAACCAGGGAGCCGAGCACCAAGCCGAUCAACUUCCCCUAUGCCGUGGAACCGUUCGUCUUCAAAUAAGGCGGAGCAGUCUGAAAAAGCUCCAGACUAUCCAUCUGAGAAAGGUGCCGGUGGUUCUUCUGCAUUUAACUCUACGCCUGAAGACUCCCCGCCUCCAUACACACCAACUGCCACUACUGCACCACCUGCAGUGACUGUCACAGAGCCGCCCAGGGAAUUCUCGGACAAUGACCGUUAUGCGAACCUGUCAAAUUUUGAUACUGUUUUUCUCAUCGAUGAUUCUACUUCUAUGAGUUGGUCAGACAGAGCCGACGGUGUCACGCGUCAAGAAGAAGCACGUGAAGCUCUCGGGGCAAUCGCAGAAGUUGUCGUCAAGUACGAUGGCACCGGUAUUGAUAUGCACUUUUUGAAUCACCGGGCCACUAAGCAGGGGGAAAACGGCGAAAUGGUUCUUACAUCAGAACCAGGCAAAGCACCCGGCGGCUACUACAACAUAAAGAGUGCGAAAGAGGUCGACGAGAUCUUUACAAAGGUCAUUGCUCGCGGCUUAACUCCGACAGGGAGCCGCCUAGAAGACAUCUUCAGACCGUACAGAAAGGAAAUGGCGGACGCCGAGGAGAGCAAAAAGAGAUCCAUACGCGACGUCCAACCUAUGAAUUUGAUUAUCAUUACUGACGGGGACGCUACUGAUUACCCCGGGACAGUGAUACUCCAGAUCGUGAGACAGCUUGAAGAUCUUGACGCUCCAUCUUUUCAGUUCGGGAUUCAAUUUUUCCAGAUUGGAUCGGACACGAAGGCAACAGAGGCUCUGAAUGCACUCGAUAAUGAGCUGAAACAUGGAAAGGAGUGUCCUCGAGACAUAGUCGAUACGACGCCCUGCCAGUGGGAUGAGAGCGGACACGUCAAGCAACUUACCAGUGAGGCGAUUCUCAAAGUCGUUCUCGGAGCUGUGGACAAACGAAUCGACGAAAUGAAGCUUGACAGCAAAAAAUGA